AUGUACGAGGACAGCAACGCAACCAAAGAUCGGCGCGUGGGCUGUCUGGACAUCUUUUGGAGACGUCGUAUGCUUAUCAUGACAGAACAUGGUAGGUCAGGUAAGGGAAAUGAGAUCAAACAGCAGAGAGGCCGAAGGCGUGCAACCACACAUGCAGCGUUCCAUUUGUGGGAUAUUAGCGGAAAGCGAGAAGAGCCGAGCCAGCGGCGUGUCAUUCUCAGGCUGGAUCGACACACAUGCUCAAGCGAAGACACGCAGCAGGCAAUCACAAUUCGAUUUGCUUAUCAAUAG